CGCCGAUCCAGCAACUUUGGGUGCUGUCCAUGCUUCAUUCGUCGCCGCCGGUGCUGAUAUCAUACUCACGGCGACCUACCAGACCAGUUUUGAGGGUUUCGCGAGAACGCCGCCUGGAUAUGGCCCCGACGAUGCAGCACGGUAUAUGCGGUCUGCGGUGACAUUGGCCCGAGAUGCAGUGGGCCCAUUGGCAACGGAUGUUGUGGAGCAUGACAGGAAGGACAUAACUAGAAAGGGCGGAAAACGGCCAGUUCACAUUGCAUUGUCCCUGGGACCAUACGGUGCCACCAUGUCUCCCAUCGCUGCCGAAUAUUCCGGCCUCUACCCUGACGCGAUGAACUCCGAGGCCGUCCUGCGUGACUGGCACGCACAGCGACUCAGGAUAUUCACUGACGACGAAUGCUCGUGGAACAACGUGCAGUACGUGGCCUUUGAGACCCUGCGGCGAGCCGACGAAGUUCGUGCAGUCCGUGGCGCCAUGGCAGAUGUUGCUGGGAACAUACCGGCGGAGAAACAAAAGCCCUGGUGGAUCACGGGCGUGUUUCCUGCUGAUGAGCUAGACGAGGAUGACAUACGGAGCUGGGUGCGUGCAGCCGUUGGCGGUGUGGAAGAGAGUCUCCCUCGCCCCUGGGGGAUCGGGAUAAACUGCACCCGACUUGAUCACAUCCGGCGCAUUGUGUCGGUCAUGCAGCUAGAACUAGCCCAGAUGGCAACUGCCGGUGGGGAAUUCGUCGACCAGUGGCUUUCUCGAUCGGGGCGACCUUGGCUCGUGUUGUACCCCGAUGGCACGCAAGGGGAGCGGUACGACCCUGCUACGAAAGCCUGGAUAGCUCCCGGCUCGGAGUCCGACAAGGAAAUUGUUGCACGACCCUGGAGUGAGCAGGUCGGAGAUGUCGCACACGACUUGAUGAAUGCACACUGGGAGGGCUUAAUUAUUGGUGGGUGUUGUCGGACGGGGCCGCGGCAGAUCGAAGAAUUGCGAGCAGUUGUUGAUGGCAGACUGGCUGGGAAAUUCCAGACUUGAGGGACGUGCCAAUGCCUCUCAGGCGAUAUGAGGCAACCAAUGCGUUGGCUCAUCCUAAGUCAUCCGCUAAGCUUGCCAGCGAUGAAACCCUCGUGAUAUUACAUUUUUAUUUUUAUUUUUCAAUUUUUUUUUUUUCCUACCACCACGCCUUUACGGCUCAACUCC